CGUUUGUACCCGUAAGGCGAUGUGGUCUGUGGUGUAGGCUAGCCAACGAUCAGUCAUUCGCAAGUUGAAUUGGUACUCCUCUAUGACGUUACCAGUAUUGCACACCUAACGACCUAAAAUCUCUGUGUGGGUAUGUUUUACAAGGCUAUGUAAUCUGCCUUGUAUACUGUAGAAAAUUUAGUCGAUGAGUAGAUGGUAUAGCGUCCCGCCAUCAACGUUACAUCAUGUACAGAUCACUCAUCCUUUUAGUUUAGUUACAAAUUCGUAUUGAGCCCACACUCCAGAACCAUAAUAUCGUUGCGCGUGCUCUUGUUUCGCGGCACCGAUACGUCGGCUUUACCGGUUACAACCAGCCGAGGAGCCAACUACAGCAGUUUCAACUAUACCUUCCGUGACGUACAAGCUAUUUAGAAGCUGUGGAGAUAAUGGGAAGUGGCCCUAUCCAACACUGCCGCCUGCCACCCUCCAUUUAACGUGGCGGAUGACCAUGCCGCACACGGCGAGUAGGAUCCCAGCUGUACACGCCCUGGCUGUAGCUAUAGCCCUAGUAGCAAUUCACACAUCUCUCCAGGGCACGACGGCAAACAGCGACAUCGCUGUGGCAUGGACCAACUUGGAAGCAGUCUACAAUCCAUCUUUGGUCCUGCACGGCGACAAGUCCUUAUCUGCCCUCAAGCGCACAACAUUUCGCAAGGCAAAGGGCAAGACAUUCUGGGUCAACCACCUCUACGUAUGUCUAGGCCCACACGACGACCUGCAAGGCCUCCGUUGCCAGGCGUACAACCCUUGGCAAGAACCCUAUCCUGAAUGCGAGUUUGACGAACGGGUCCGCGGCGGCAAGGUCGAUGUCACCGGUCUCGGGGACGUCAAGGUCUGGCGCUGGCCUGGCAAAGGCGUUUACGCCAUUUUUGGGCGCAAACCGCAGCGGACGCUUGGCGCUAGCCCGUACUGUACGAGCAAGGUUGUGUACGACCAGUGGGUUGCGCAGAUCCUGCCCGAGGCAACGGCUGGGCAAUGGCGGCUGCAGCAGCCGCUGCGUUUGUACAUAGCCAGCGGUUACAACUACCCAGAUGAGGCGCCGUUUAUCAUGGAAAAGAACUGGAUGCCAUGGGUCUACAACAACAGCACCGCCUCCGCUGGCAGCAGCAGCAGCAGUACGGCAUUUGGAUCUGGAUCCGGCUCCGAAACCCUGUUCGUGACCCACAUGGUCAACCCACAUCGCAUCCUGGAGGUCAGCCCCAGCGGCGCCUGCACGGUGCGCUACGAAACACAGGGGAAACCCGAGCUCUUCUCGCGCUUCACCGGCCACGACGUGCACGGCGGGCCGCCGGUGGUCCGUGUGGACGGGAAGCUUGCCCAUGACGGCAAACCCUACUACCUAGGCAUCAUGCACCAUAUAGAAAAGUACGAACGGCCAGCUACGGGACACAGUGGCGGCAGCAGCAGCAGCAGUGGCACCAGUCAACGCCGGUCAAAGUCCCAAAAGUCAAAGACAGUCAAACUGUACCGCCACUUCGCGUACAAGUUCCAGCCGGAGCCUCCCUUUGCCAUCACGGACGUGUCGGAUGAGCUGAACCUAACGUUCUACCGGCAUCCGCACCACCCCACCAAGGCACACAUUGCGUAUGUGGCGGGCCUGUUUCUGAGUGAGGAGGGCACGCUGUACGUGAGCUAUGGGGCAGGUGACCGGGAAGCCAGGAUACUGACCAUGUCGAUAGCCGAGCUGGAAGCGUUGUUUACUGGCCGGAUCGAGUUCUUGCCGAAUGAUUAUAAACAAUGAUUGGGUGAUAUGCUGUUUAGAUGGCGGGGAGAAGGGGUUUCGGAGCUGGUGGGUGCUGCGUUGCUAGGUGGUGGUAGGGUGUGGUACUGCAAGCGUGCCUGACUUGCGGGACACUGGUAGGAUUAUGACACCAUUUAGCGCAGGACUUGUCCUUCACCAGAUGAGGCGCGAUGAAGAGCAAUCCGUCUUGCUGCUGUUGAACCGGUGCUACAUAGAGCAUGCUUGCGAACUGCGGUGCACCAUGAGCACAACGAUAAAUUGACGUGCUUGAUUGACCCGUGGGUCUCUUUUGGCGAAUCCCGUCCUCCUAUUUAACGAAUGUCGAGAC